AUGGUCAACUUCACUCUCGUUAACGGCCAAAUCUUCACGCCGGGACUGGCAAUUGUCGAUGCCCCGCAGCCCAACACGCCCCUCGGAGGAGGCAAGUCAAUGCGCCAAGCUCCAACGACCUCCUCACUAAUCCCUUUUACGCAGACAACCUACAAGUCGCAAUUGACCAUCACACUCUUCCUAACCUCUGACUCGCUGUCCCACAACUUCACCAUCUCAAACGGCACAAAACCCUCAUCCAACACAAGCUAUGUCGGCCCCGUCUUGGACUUGGAACCCUCAUCCACUGUCAAACAUGUGAAUUGGAUCUGGCCUGACUGCCUCGUGGGAGACGGCGCGGGUUCAAAAGACUCCGCACGGGGAGCAUACAACAUCUCCAUGCACCAAUCCUUCCGCUGGAAUGAUACGGACUAUUACACAGUUUUCGAUCUACCGAUCUCUGUCACGAACAGUAUACCCGAGAGCGAUGACCGGAUCGACUGCGCUCUGUUGGAGAACAAGCUUCUUAGUGCGGCGGAGAUCGGCAAGAGCUCGGAUACGCUUCCUGGGCAGCCGUGGGUGGGGGAUGGAGUUACUACCACGGUAUCAAGUCCCGCUGCGACUGAGACGGGCGCAGCUAGUCGGAGUCAUGCCGGGUUUAGCAGAAUAGCCGGCAUUGCGAUUGCCGCGACGGCACUUUUGCAUUUCUUGGGUUAA